AGAGGACCAGUAUCUGCGGCUAUCAUCUUUGUAUACGUAGUGCUUCAUCUAGCAUCUAUAGAUUUUUACAAGAACCAUGCCCGGCAUCAAGCGGACCCGAAUAAUCCUCGGAUUGGUCAUCACGUGUGCCCUGAUAUUACUGUUCAGGAGCAAUGAAGCAACCUUCCAAUCUUCCCAAUCAACCAACUACAUAACGUGGGAGCAACCUUUGGAAGAUUCUUCACUCAACAUUGAGGUCUCUCCCGACCAUUUGGCUGCUCCAAUACUAGACAACAACCUAGAAUACCAGCCGCCGUUGUUACAACAGACAAAACUCAUUCCAGAUGCACAUAGACUGACAACGGCCGACGAUUUCAUCCCCCAUUUUGCUGCCGUCACAGCCCUGAAAGGUCUUUCUCAGCGAGAGGCCCGCUCAACAUGUACUUGGCUGGCCGACACCUACGUUUACUUCCAGUUCUCUGAUACGCUGGAAUGGGUUCUCGAGGAACGGCCGGCGCUGGAGAUUGAGCUUCGUCGGCGAGAGUGGCACGAAUUCAUCCAGGGCCAGAUGAUUCCGUAUGCGAAUGUCAAAGACCGGUUCUGGGGCCGCGGACUGGUCAUCGUUGCAGGUAACGCGGACACAGUGAUGCGCGUUAAGGUGAUCUUGCGCCAGCUGAAGAGACUUGGUUCGACAAUUGCAGUGGAGAUUCACUAUUGGGACACCGAGAUGGACAUUGGGACCAUGGCCGACCUCAACGCGUUGUACGAACCGAUAUAUUACAAUGACCUCUCAAAAGACCACAACAUUGUGCGCAUCAAGAAAGAUGGGAUAUUCGGAAUCAAUUAUCAGCUCAAAACAGCAGCUCUGCUCAACUCCAGAUGGGCGGAGCCCUUUUUACUGGACUCUGACAACAUUCCUAUUCUCGACCCUGCGACUCUCUAUGAUUCACUUCAGUAUACCGAAUACCAUGCCGUAUUUUGGCCUGAUAUUGCACGUACGCGUCCGCAGAACCCGGCUUGGGCGAUCUUCAACACUCCUUGUCGAAUGGCCGAGUACGAGCAGGAGAGUGGUCAACUAGUGGUUGACAAGAAGCGUUUCUGGUAUCAUCUCCAACUAGCCUCGUGGCUGAACAACGAGCAGGGGAAAUACUACAACGAGAUCCUUUUGGGGGACAAGGACAUGUUCCGCUUUGCAUGGCACGCUUUGCGGACAACGUUCGGGAAGCCCACCAAAUGGCUUACGAGCGUUGGAACGGAAAACGAGGGGUUCUAUUGCGGGCAUUCCUUCGCUCAGUACCACCCGGACGAUGACCGUGUGGCAUUCCUUCACGGCGGACUAGUCAAGACAGUAUCUCUCGAGGUCAUGCGAUGGAAUCGCGACGUAAUGGGAGGAUAUCUUCGACAUUACAAAAGGGCAGCGAGCGAAGAAAACCCAGAGGUCACGGUCAAUGUGGCUAUCAAGUGGGACAAUGCUGCAUAUUUGCCCCAACACUCUGAAAAGUUUGAAGCGGCGCAGUGUACCGAAAUGGUCGACAUCGAAGCGAGGGACAUUAAUGAGAUUCUGCCUGGAUUCGAGAAGACGUUUCGUGAGCUUGGAGGAUACUGGCAGCUUGACCAGAAAGACGCCAUAAAGCUGGAUCAAUUCGGAUCUUUACAUGCGCGCUGAAGCAUGCGGAGCAUCAAGGGUUUCCUGCCCGCACGUGAAACCAUCAUGGAAGAUCAGCCGCAGCGCAACCGUAAUCGUACGAGCUUGGCGAGCCGAUGGCCCUUUUUCGUUAGCGUCAAGCACAGUAGAGAAAGAAGAUCAAAGACACAAAACAAAGAACGAAGAAGGCCUAGCGCUGUUGACAGUUGCCACCUGAGUGUGGGUUGCAUUUUUGCGUCCGGCCCUGGGAUAGUAACAUUACCGGUACGCACGCAAGAGGGGGG